UACUUGAAAACUGGGUUCCUGCUGUGUAGUUUAAACAUUAAUCAGUGAGAUGAAAAGUGCUUCUCUGUAUCUUGUGUAAAAUGCAUCCACUUAAAAACUAAAAUAAAAGUUACUAUUGCAACACAAACUGCUCCCCUCCCAGAAACAGACACUUGCUUCAAUAGCCAGGUACAGUGCAGUCUUUUGAGGGCCCAGUGCUACAAGAUGACUUUGGUGGGGUUCAGGGUACUCAUUAUGUCAAAGCAGGCAUUUGAAGGUAGGCCCCAAAUGAGCUUUGCAGACAGCAUUCGCUGAUGGAAUUUGUUGCUAACUUACUGAUGUUUUGUAAUGCAUGUAUCACUUUUGACAAACACUGGAAUAACUUUACAACAUUACAGCUAUCCAUGGGGAGAGAGCCUUUCAUUUCUCCCAUCUCUAAGAUACAACUUCCUCUGGGGUGGGGCACAAAAGCCAUUAUUAUAAUGUCAGUACAAAUUUUCAUCUCCCCUUCCAAAAACAGAUGUAUAACAGCUUUUCCAUUUGAACCAAAGUGAAUUUAGAUGGGCAGAAAUCAAUUUCUGUCCCUAAGUUGGAAUUUCUACAAGAAAUGUAGAUCAAUGAGACUAACUGGGCAAGAAGGAUUGUCAUGAGACCUUGAAUGACCACGAGCAAGCACCCCAUGUGCAAGGUGCUGAAAGAGUCAAACAGUGCUUGUCCUUUAUUUUAAGUGACUAAUAAAGUUCAAUCUUUUUGUAUCAUCAUGCUUGCAUUUUACACUGUCACUUCUAACAGUCGUCUUUUGGUUCUACAGAGUCCUCUCUCAGUUAAAACUGAGCCAAUUCCCCAUGGAAUUUUUAUCAAGAUUGGGGUGUUAGCCUCUGCAUUCUGCCUCCUAAAGCUCCCUGUGCCGUUUCAGUGGGAUAUUAUUCUAAAUUGUUAUGUAGGGUUCCUGCGAGCUGUAUUAAAUAGCGGCUGUAUUCCAAUCAAAAGUGGCUGUAUUUUGGAAGCAGGAAAUAUAAUUUCUGUACGUAUAGGUUGUAAAAUGAUCUUAUUUCCAAUUCCCUCAUCCCAACUCACUCCUGUAAUUAGUUAUACUCAUUUCUUGUGCCUUGGACUUCAAUUGGAUUAUAAAAAUUUUGGGGCAGGAGACCAUGCUUUCUUCUGUAUGUUCAGUGCCUUGCUAAAGGGUCUCCAUUUCUGGUGGGUGACUCAUGGUGUUACCAUAGCACCAGUAGUAAAGUAGUAUUACAUAAUAUCUUGGUUGUAAUGAAAUCACUGAGUAGCUAUGACUGUCGCCCACCAGCUUCUACUAGCAAUAAUUGGGUAAAUCUCUACAGGAGAAAAGAAUGGUCACUUAAAAAAAGUAAUUUAUUCCUAAAGACGAUUAAAGCAGACUUUUAUAGGUAACUGAUUAUAGGGUUUGUAGUUCUGCUUGUUGGCUAUUACUUAGUGGGUUUUUUUCCCCUCCACUAAAUCACUGUAUGAAGGCUAACCUAGAAUGCAAACAGAUGAUGGGCUUUUAGGGCAGAGACUGGGUGUGCUGCCUGUGAAUGUACUUAUAUCUCUCCCAAAGGUUUCACACUGUGAUGAGUGACCUUUACAGAGAUUAAUCAGUCUCCAGAAGUGUGAGCUGCAAUAGUCCACUUUCAGGCCUGACAAGUUGCAUAAUUCCUAUAAACAAGAGAUGGGAAGUGUAUGGGAAAUCAAGGCAGGAAGCUAGAAACUUCCUCCUGAUUCUCUGCCUCAAAAGUUAGUUAGCACUAUAAACUAAUUCAGCUAUUUCUCCAACAAGUUGGAAAGGAAGAGAGAGGGGGGAAAACUUGUUUUAUUUUUAAAUACGCAUAAAAUGUCCAGAUACUGCAGUGACAGGAUAGACUAGAUGGAUGGAUGAGCUUAGUAUAAAAAGCAGGGCUUUGGAGCGGAGCCCGGAGCUGGAGCACGGAGCAGUGGAGCUGCAGGUUUUUGCCCGGAGCUGUAGUAGAGCCGGAGCACAGAAAAUCUUGACUGCUCCAGUUUUUUUUUCAUUUUCAAUCCAAAAUGAAUGAUAUUUAGCAAGAAAGUCCUAAAGGUGCCAAAAAGUUUUAGAUUGUAUAGCAAUUGAUAUUAACAUCUACGUUACCACUUUACGUAAUACGUCAGUUAUUCUCACUUCGGCCGAAAUCAAGAUUUAAUGUACAGAUACAAAAUGACAACGUUUUUUGGAGAUAGUUAUCUGAUUCUUUAAUAAAACAUAUCAGACAUCCGGCAACACUGCAGACUGCUCCCACCCUUGUGCCAAGGUUAGGCGAGUACGUACUAGCGUAGAUUAGUUAGAUUAGUAUGUGUUAAUACUUCUUUUGUAAGGGUUGAUCAACGAGAUGCACUGAGUGCUGCGAUUACGGAAAAGUGUGAUGCAAGACGCAACAUUUAAGAUGCCACAAACAGAUCAUAACAAGAAACAUUUGGAUGCGGUAGCAGCACAAGAAGAUUUGGCCAUGGCUUCAACAAAAAAAUCAAAUCUGCCCCCCAUGAUUGAUAGCCGAUUUACGGAAAAGGAUCUCAAUGACGUCUUUACUUUUGAAUUUGAAAAGCCCAAAUUUGGGCUUUUGGGAAAAGCAAAGAAGAAAUCGGCAACGUGCAAGGUGGAAAAGGAAGUGAAUGGCGAGCUCAAACCAUGUAGCUUCAAGACAAGUGAAGCAAGUGCCGUGAAAAGUUUCAACCUUUGGCGGCAUGUAAAACGUAACCAUCCUGAAAACUAUGCGGCUCUGGUUACAAAAAAGAACCAGGAAGAUGAGGCAAAACAGAAAGCUGACGCAGCUAAACGACGUUCAUCUGGCUCUUUGAAAACUCCUGGAGAAAAUAUUUUUUGCGGAUCUUCAUCUGAAAAGAAACCCAAAAUUGAGCAAACAAAACUUGACUCAUGUUUGAAGUCCUCAAAGGUUACAGUCACCAUGGAUGCCAAUACUUUCCGUGAAGGGCUGAUGGAAAUGGUUUGCUUGUUUUCAACACCGCUCACUACCUUCAGGCUAAAGAACAAAGGAUUCCAAAAAAUUGCAGGUGAAAUGGGUCGGCAGCUUGGCAUUUCGACGGGGCACGAUGCGGUUCGUCAUUUAGUUGUCAGCACAGCUGAGUCUGGUCGCAAAGAGCUCAAGAAAGCUUUGGAGCAAAAAUUGUGCUACCUGAAAAUGGAUGCAGCAACCCGUGGAAACAGAAAUUUCCUUGCAAUCAAUGCUCAGUACUAUGAAGAAGGAAAAGAUAAAGCUGUGGUAAAAACCUUGGACAUAAUCGACACUGAAGGGUGUCACAAUUCUUCGUAUGUGAAAAGUCAAGUAAAAGCUAUUUUAGAAAAAUUUGGGAUCAGUGAAAUGCAAGUGCUGAGCAUCUGCGUUGACAAUGCAGCAAACAUGACGUGUGCUGUCAAAAAUUUCAGCGAGGACAAUGAAACCAUUUCGACCUCUGAGAACAGGGAUACGGACAGAACUGAAGCUAUGUUGCCUGAUGAAGGAGCUAAAGGAAUUAAUGAAAUCGAACUCAAUGUGGAUGCUGCUGCGCAGUGGGUUAAUGACCCUAGCCUCAUACUUCCAACAUGGCUUCAUGAGGAUGACUCAAAAGUCCAACUGAUGAGGUGUGGUAUUCACACUCUUCAGUUGGCAAUCUGGGAUGGACUGAACAAAGAACACGCGAAGAAAUUUCUGGCAAAAAUUCGACAAGUCGUUGUUAAACUACAAACCCCAAGUAUUCAAAGUGUUCUGCUUGAUCUACAUGGAGUAACUCAAUCAUUGGAUACUGUGACUUACUGGGGUUCAACAUUUUUGAUGAUUGAUCGGCUUCUCGUUUUUCAGUCUUACUGUGAACAAAUGGCUGCUGCUGGAACAAGAGAACUCAAGUUAACAAAAGCUGAAUGGGACGAAGUGAAGAACCUGCGAGACCUCUUGGCAAAGCCAAACCAAACAACCGUGAAUCUUCAAGCUGUUGAUGUAACCCCCGGAGUUUUAAUGAAAGAAUGGCGAAAACUGUCAAAAUUCUUGCAAGAAAAUGGUGGACAAAUUGCAGAAGAAAUUCUGUCCUCCAUGCAGAAACGCGAAGAGAAGCUUUUUGACAAUAUUCAUUUCCUUGCUGGAGUUUAUGUUGACCCAAGGUAUCGGAUUCUUCUUACCUCAAGGGAAAUACCAAAGGCAAAGGAAGGCCUCCUUGAUAUUGCUCGACGACUCGAAAAACAAAAUUUAUUGCGAUAUUUGAACUCCGCGAAAGAGGUUGAAGAAAAUGAAACACAACAAAAGGAGUCAACCAUCGAAUUUGCGGUUUCUGAAAGGUCACAUCCUUCAGAAGUAGCAGGCUGUUCUCAGACUUCCGUCUCCACUCUGAACUUGUUCGAGCGUCCAUCCGUGAGACAUCUUCAGCCAUCAUGGGGACAUGGAGAUAAUUCAAGCAUCAAUUCUUCAGAAGAUGACGACUUCGAAAAGGAAUUGGAUAAACAAGAAAGACGCCAGCGAGUUUCUGCGAUUCAUAAUUGUAAUGAAGCAUUAUUUGAGAGAAACUUUUGGGAAGAUUGUGAGGCAAUGGAGUCUAUUGGUAGGCUAAAAGUUAAGUCUGUUUUUGAGGCCAUUCACAGCUACCCACACCGCAUUCAGGCUGCCUGUAGAAUUGCUUCAAGCAUGACAACAACUCAAGCUAGUGUAGAGCGACUGUUUUCGGCUUUAAAGUUAAUUUUAAAUGAUUUGCGGCAGGCUAUGAAAGAUGACUUGAUUGCUGCAAUAAUUUUUUACAGAAUGAAUUAUGAAUGAUUCUAGUUUGUAUCAUUGAUGACAUUUAAAUUGUUUUAAAAGUCUGAAUAAAAAAAUGUGUUUUCAAAAUUACAAAGUAUGCACUUUUUAUUUAGUUAAAAAUUAAUUUGAGGCGGAGCGCGGAGUCGGAGCGGAGCUGGAGCAGUCAAUAUUGGUGCCAGAGUGGAGCUGAAGCGGAGCAAUUCAAAAAUUUGAUUGCUCCAAAUCCCUGAUAAAAAGAUAGAGAUGCUACCUACAUCACUAAUGGAGUGUGGAUUGUUUUUGGUUUUUAGUGUAGUGAUUUUUUUGAUGGGGGAAUUUCCAUUGCAAUAUAGCUUCAAGCAACAAGAAUCCUGUUUUCUCAUUCAUGAUCUCUACCUAAUACUCAUUUACCAAUUGAGAGUUGUAGCCUGGUUGGUGCACCUAAAUCAGGCUCUUUUCUGUAGGUAACGUGCCUAUCAUCCACCAGCACUCCCUUCAUAUGGGCUUAGGGCAAGAUUAUUAGAGGGUCACACACUAUUGCGUCUGUGGUGAGAGAGAGCAGCAUAUUAAUCUGCUGUUAGUUCACACCCUUACCUCACCAGAACCCUCCUUCGCACCCUCCUCCUCAAACUGUGCUUGGGAAUCACUUACUUACAAACCAGGGUCCCUUCUCCUUCCAGGGCAGAUAUUUGUGGAAAAACUGUGGGUUCAUUAUAAACAGUAUCUCUCCCCCACCACAACUCUAGGUCCUUGCUUGACCUGCUCACACCACCUCUUCAGAUCAUUGCUUCCCUCAUUACCACCAUUCUCCCUUUGCCACGCAUCCCUCAAAGUGUAUCCUAUAAAGUUCUCUUAUUUCUAGAGCAGUGGUUCUCAACUUGUUACACACGGCGGGCCGCAUAUGUGGCCCACAAUGUGUUAUCUGGGCUGCAGGGGGCAGGGCAGCGGCAGCCUGGACCCUGAGCUUGGACCCCCCCACCAUGCGGAGCCAGUUGGCUGCCCUGGCCCCCGGACCUGUGUGGCUGCCCCAGCCCCUGUGGGGCUUGCCACCUGCCCCAGAUGCCUGCAGCAGGGCUGCUUCUACCCUGGACCCAUGCUGUGUGACUGCCCCAGACCCUUUGGGGCUGGCCGGCAGACCCAGAUCCCCACCCUGUGGAGCCGCGUGGCUGCCCAGACCCCCACCUGCCCAGACCCUUGCCAUGGGGCCAGCUGCCUACCAUGAGGCUGGGUGGGGCACGCCGGGACGGCCAGCUGCCCUGACUCCAGACCCCUGCUGCCUAGCCCCCGGACCCCACUACUGGGCUAGCUGCCCUGACCCCAGACCCCUGUCGCAGGGCCAGCUGCCUGCUGAGGCCCACCCUGGACCCUGAGGUGAGGGGCAGGGUUGGCUGCCCCGACUCCAGACCCCUGCCACACGCCUGCCCUGUGGGGCUGAGUGGCUGGCAGACCUGGAUCCCCACCACCUGGAGCCACACGGCUGCCCCAACCUGGAUCCCCGCUGUGGGGAUGGCUGCCGUGGCCCACCCCAGACCCCACAAGGCUUGGCGGGUCUAGCCAGCUGCCAGACCCCCAUGCAGCUGCCCUGACUGGACCACCGCCAUGCAGGGCUGUGGGGCUGCUUGCCCAGGACCCCCGCCACGUGGCUGCCCUCACUUCUGAACACGGCUGCCUGCCCCGGACCCCGUCACAUGGGGUGGGCCGGCUGCCCCAGCCCCUGGAGCUCAUGGGGCCAGCCGCUGUCCAGAUCCCCACCGUAUGGCUGCCCCACACCCUGGUGGGAGCCCCAGAUCCCUGACCAGCCACCAGCGCUAACCCCAGACUCCUGCCAUGCGGGGCAGGCUGGUGACCCCGGCACGUUGGCGGCCGUUAGCACACAGCUUGGCCCACUGAGAACUGCUGCACUGUAGACAAUCUCCUCAUGCAGCCAGUUACCUGCUGCCUGUGAUAUGUGUAGGCAGCAUCGGGGGAUGCCAGAGCGAUUCUUCUGCUUGCAACAUCAGGCAGUCUGUGGGCCUGAUAUCUUCCUCCAAGUCCGGCUUUUCUGGUUUUCACCAGAAUCAACAGGGUACUGCCACUGAUGCCUAGACCAGUCCCUGAAACUUUGAAAUUGGUUGGAUUCAGUGUUCAAAAGUUAUCCCAAUACAGACACAGGGAUGCCAUGACAUUGAGUGUAGGGCCAUGCACAGCAAGGCCCAUGACAUGGACUGUGCACCUAAACAAAGGAGUACAAUUCUCUUACACACCUGUGCAGACUACCUGAAUCUCAGAUCCAGUUGCGUAGGAGAGAAUGGGGCUACUUGUCUACUUACUCCCUCCACGUAGCUGGACCACAAGGAAUAGGUGGAGCCCAUCUCACUGAUCAGUAGCUAAACCAGCAGCCUUAUACCAGCAGUAAAUUACUCCCCCUUAUAGCCCUCUGGGGUGCGGGCAGGAAGGAAGCAGGGAGGAAUUGUGGUUCAUGGGGUAUGUCUGAGUCACCGUGACUCCUAGGGCCACUUUUGAAUUGAUACAACUUACACAUCACCCCUUGUUCAGGGCUGUGGUAAAGUCACAAUAUUGUCUGUACUUAUGUGGCAGGUCUCUUGGGCAGAAACCCCCUAUUUGUUACUAAUAGUUCAGUGCUAUACUACUGAAGUUUCUAUAGUGAUGUAAUAUUCUGCCUUGAGCACAAUGAAUCUGUGUUACAGUUAAUUCCCCCAUUGUUUGCCACAUUAUUUCAAAUAAUAUUUUGCUGCAUAUUGACAUCCCAGUUAGUCUGCCUGCCAAUUGGUUUUAUUUAUUUAACAAUAGCCAAUAAAUUUUCCAGUGAAGAGUCCAUAAAAUUCAUAUUAUUUCAGAUGUUUUCACCAUUUUCUAGUCGCAGAAUAGUUUGUUUAAAAUACAUUUUAAAAGGACAGAAUUAGCCCUUAAGGUGGCUAACAUCUCUAGCUGCUUAAAAACCCCUACUGUGCAGUAUAUUAUACAGAAGUUAUAAAAAGUUUGAUGCCCGAGCACUGUUAUAAACCUUGUUAAUGCAAAAUAUAACCUUUUAUAAAACUUCUGAGCAGCUUCAAAAUGAACUGCAAAGCAUGAAUAAUACUUAAUUUUCAUAACUUUUAAUACGAUGCAUUAGCAACAUUAUAAAACGUGCUAAUUAAGCAAUAAUCUCUAUAGCUUUCUAGAAUAUGAAGCAAUAAAUGGCUGCUAAAAUUGAUUACUAGCCAAAGCAAAGCAGAGAUUGUUUAAUCAAUCUUGGAAGCUAUUUAUUACUCGUAGCCUACACGACAAUAGAAAUUAUUUCAAUUAUAAAACAUAACAAAAUGCACACCUGAUUUUAAGGAGCUGAAAGUAGGGUGCUACCUCUCUAAUUCAUUGCAGAAAAACAUUUGAUCCUGCAACUUGCUAAGUGCCAUCUGCGGGUGGCAGAGAGUGGUCUCUGCUCCCACUGACCUCAUUGAUUUUAUUUUAUUAUUUUAUAUUUAUAUUCCAGUAGAACAGAGCCCACAAUAUGCAAAGUACUGUACAAAACCAGAGCAAGAUGGUCUUCACCCCAAUCUAUUAAACCAACAAAAUACAAAUGGUUGGGAAGAGAUGUAUAACCAAGAUAUAGCCAUAUUAAUGUAUACUACAUAAUUUUUUUAAAAAUGUGAACUAAAUGUCCCCUAUCUCCUACUGCUUCUCCUCCUAACCACUAUUAUUUGGCUAAUGUCUUGUAGGUGUGGCGGUAGAAGUGACUUGAAGGAGGAAAGGGUAGUGGCCUGACAGAUCAUUUUCAGUAAGGGUGUUCUAUGUCGUCUGGAAGAAAGCUUUAAGACUGUUCUGGGAGAUGUGGACAAAUGAAGGGGUUAAGGUUGGCAUUGAUGACAGAGAGGGUAGGAGUGACACCAUAUGAGUUUGGAUUUACCCCCAUUUCUACUCAUGAGGCCAGAGAAAUGUCAUAACUUGUGAGCUGCUUGUGCCCUACAAAGAUUCAAACAUGGCAAGCCUAAACUUGUGCCAGAUAAGGGGGAUCAAACCAAUGAAUCAGAGAACCCUUUUAUUGUACAAUAGAACACUGAAUUACAAAAAUAUACAAGUUGCUUAUGAAGUGCUGGCUCUAUAGUACCUUGAGCAUGUUUUAUUUGCUGUACUGAUUUCCAGCACAGGGCUAAAUUCUUUUCUUAAAAAUAACUGCUGUUCUCUUACUUUUCCCCCCAGAAUGUUUGUAUGACAGAAUAGCACAAGAAACUGUGGAUGAAACUGAAAUUGCACAGAGACUCUCCAAAGUCAACAAAUACAUCUGUGAAAAAAUCAUGGAUAUCAAUAAAUCAUGUAAAAAUGAAGAAAGGAGGGAAGCAAAGUACAAUUUGCAAUAAAUUUUGGAUUUUUAAUAAAGUCUUAGUGUUUUACUUA